CAGCCGCGUACUCUCGAAGCACACGAUGUCGCGUCGACAGCCCGUCGCUGAUCGACCUACAACGUUCCAAUCAGAAUGGAUAUGGAUCUGGUGAUUGGCAAAACAUCAUGUCGGUGCCCAUGAAUCACAUCCGGCCGACCGGUGGCAGCAGGACCUGCACUACACCCCAAGCCAACCAGCAACAACCACAAUCGCCACACAAGUUGUGGGAAGCCCCACUCACCUGGCUUGGCCGCAUUCUCGCCGUGAUGGUGUGUCUUGGGAUCGCUGUCGCAGAUGUACUCGACAUGCUGAAGCGGCCCAGACCGAUGGGCCAGAACCUCACAUUGGCUGCCGAAGUCUUUGCCAGCUUGAUUGGUAUACUGGGAAUCCUAUUUCACUGGGCUGUAUCACCGCGCCGGAGCGCCAGUGGAGGAGAUGUCGAAAGCGACGAUCUUCAGGUGUAGGUACAGUAGUAGAGCGUUAUGGUCAGUUGCGUUACGGCUGAAGCAGGACUCGCUGGGCUUGAGCAGGACUUGUGGCUCAUGUUGGUUAGGUUGGGUACACGUCGCAUGAGAUACUUUAAGUCGGUCGGUAAGCGAUGUAUGUCUCCCACUAAGCAGUUGUUAGGUUCAUAGCAAUCACGUGUUCGAACAAAGGUCGCAAGGUUUGAGUUAUUGGUCUGGCCGUGACUAUGCAACAUGUACCUUCUUACGCCGCAUUUCGUACAUCGCCAUCCCACGGCGUAGCCAAACGCCCUUU